AUGCCCGCCAUAUAUUCAGCCCUAGGCGAGCGGGCGCUCCACGCGGCCCCGCAUCUGGCCCAACGGAGCCUAAGCGUCAACCAUACACAGUCCAUUACGUUAGGAAUCAUGGCGAUGUUGGUUAUUGCGUUCCAUGAAUUCGGUCAUGCGAUCACAGCUUGCUGCACGGGUGGAAAGGUUGAAUCGAUCUCACUUGAUCCUCAUGAGGGUGGCGUAACCCAUAUGCGAGGAGGAGUGUCUGCCAUCACGCUACCUGCUGGUUAUCUGGGCUCAUCGGUUAUCGGCGCUUUACUCAUCUUCGCUGGAUUUGAUAUCGUGGCUAGCAAAGUGGCAAGCAUUGUUCUUGCAGUGUGCUUUCUUUUGACACUUUGGUGGGCGCGCAAAGACUGGUUGACUAUCGGGACUGUUCUUCUUGCGGUCGGCUUGCUUGUGGCUUGCUGGUUUAUUGCCCACGCCGAGGCCCUGAGAUGGUUUGUGCUUUUCAUCGGUGUCAUGUCAUCGCUGUAUAGUGUUUGGGAUAUUUGUGAUGACCUUAUCCUCCGCAAAGUCAAUAGUUCCGAUGCCAGCGUGUUUGCUAAGAAAUACGGAGGAUCAUCCCAGUGCUGGGGUGUGCUUUGGUCUAUUAUUUCUCUUGCUUUUAUGGCCAUUGGAAUCAUUGGUGGAAUUGCUGCCUUCCCCGAAUCCUUCAGUCAACAGGAGAAUGAUUCCAAACACUUCAUUCCUACCUAA